UUCUAUCAUCUGGAAAGUGACGAUCGGCACUGCCUGGCCGGACCAACUAUGUCAUGGGGCUGACCUUGCUGGAAUUCCGCCCACUUUCAAGGCUGUGGCUAUGGUUCACGCUUUUGGCUUUCUUUCUGUUCCUCUUAAAGGGCCCUUUGCUUUCUUUUUUUUCUUUUUUACCUACAUGAUCUCACUCUAUCAGUUCGUUGUCGUUCAUUUAUUCUUAUGCUGCCCGUUAUGGAACUUCAUGUUGCUCGUUAGAUACCUGGGUUCUGCCAUCGCUCGUCUACCUAUUGCUACUACCAUACAAUAACUACCACCGUCAUUACUCUAGGGUUUCCUGUGGCAGUCUUUUGGACGUGCCAUCCGAGAUGCGAGUGGCACCUUGUAGCCAGUGACCGCGAUUGUCUCUCUCGAGAGAAGCCAAGUCCCAGCUGGAUAACGGUGGGCAACGAUGAUGCAAUCAGGGUCGAACAUCUCUCUCCUUGACAACACCAUUCCUGGACAGCGCUCAGAUGAUGAGGGCUCUCAACCACCAACGGCGGCAAGGACCCCGUCUUUGAACUUAGCCAAGCGGCUCACUGGUGGCUCGAUCAGGCAAAGACGAAAAUACGCAAAAUGGCAACAGGAUAAGCUGGGACUGAAUGAAGACGCCUCUGUCGGCAGGGUUAAUUCGCGCGCUAGCAGUGCGUCACGCAGAGAGCGGCCGCCAUCAGACUGGGAUGGGGAUACUGAUGGCAGUUUGUCCAGAGAGGAUGAAGAGCGCCGGAAUAUUGAUGCGACAGACUUUGCCCGUGUGGCCAGUGAAGGCCAGACAGAAGGCCCGCCGAGGACGGAAAAUGCUGAUCUCGGAGGCAGCAGCCAGCUCGACGUGUUGUAUGAGAACCAGCGGGGCAUGUUCUUCUUCGGCAUCCCGCUUUACUCCCAUGAGUCCCUCCUGAAUCUUGACCCAGGCCCGUGGGUCACGCAAGAUUUCAAAGAAAGCCCAGUGGAUAUUACAAAUGCACAGGUCCCGGACCCAAGCUGGAAAUGGGCCUGGAAGACCUGGUAUGUCGACAUGUCGGGUGAUGUCGACGAGGAGGGAUGGGAAUAUUCAUUUUCCUUCUCCGUAAAGAAGGCCUGGCAUGGAACUCACCCCUGGUUCCAUUCCUGGGUACGCAGACGACGCUGGGUCAGACUAAGAACCAAGAGGUUUUCAAAACGGACAGAAAGAGAAGGACGGUCAGGAUUUGAGAUGGCACACAUGUUCAAUGAAGACUACUUCACCAUCCAUCCAACCCUUACUAAUAUAAAGAGCAGAGAGCCCAGCAUAGGACGAGGUAGCAUCGCUAGGGCGGCAGAGGUUCACAAGAUCGAAGAGGAGGAGUAUCACUUUGAUGAGAUUGGGGAUAUCCCGACCCUGAUGCAAGCUGUGAAGCAUGCCAUCGUGGACCGUGAGAAGCUCACCGCUUUGAAUAGAUUCAUUCAAGAGGGAGGGGAAGAGCUGCAUUAUCUCCCAUCAAAGAUUCCCGAGAUUAUGUCCCGCCUUGUCUAUCAAACAUCUCGAUGGCAGUUUUACAGCUACCUACAAGGAGUAAUCGCAGAGGAGUCCAAGGACUUGGCUGAGAACGACACGUCCGCAGAGGCGGAUGCAAAGAAGCGACGGAUUGCUAAUCUCUCCAAAGCUGCAGAAAGUGUGAAGAGCCAUACACCAGGCCCUGUUGUCCUUUCUGAUCCCCAGGGCAGACCUGUUGGUAAGGUAGACUUGCCGCCUGCCUGGGUCCACCGCCGACUAUCAUCAUCAUCGGUGAAACAAGAGCCAAGCUCAACGAUGAAUGGGUUCGUAGAGAUCAAAGGCAUCCCCGAGGAAGCAGAAGUUGGACAGGACGAUCAUCGCGUCCACAUCCGGCGGUCAUGAGUUAUUCGCUAUCCAUUUCAUAUCCUUAAUAUUAGUGGGAAAAAGCCACACAGGGAAUAGAAACGGGAGAAUAAUAAUAAUAAAAAACAAUCUAUGAUUCAUGCGUUGUACUGUCCAUGUUGAGCGAGGCGAGGAAAUAGUUGUUGUUAGUCUAGAUUGAGCAACCGGG